GUCAAAUUUUCGUAUGUGUAAAUAUUACCACGCUUUUCUUGCUCGGCACGUGAAUCUGUUAUUUAUGAAGUAUUAAUAAUUCCAAAACUUAAACAUAGAAAAAUAAAAUUAUAAUUUUCCGGUAAUAGAACAAAUGUAUAAACACCAAAAAUGGCUAAUAUUUUGAAGGAAAUUUAUGAGAAGACAGCAGAGUACACAGCAUUUUAUACUGGUGGAGACAUUCAAUGGACUACAGAUGGUGCACAUCUUCUCUGUCAGUGUGAUGAUGUUAUCAAAAUAAUAGAUGUUAACACCCUUUCCACUGUUCUCUCUAUUGGUGAAUCAGAUGAGAAUACUGAAAGUGACCAGAUUUACACAUUUCAAAUGUCACAUGACAAUGAAAGUAUUGUUACUGCACAUAAAAGUGGGUUGAUGAAAUUAUGGGACAGGAAUACAGGAAAACAACAGAAGAUAUGGAGGUCAGGCCACAAAGGUCCUGUAGCCCGAUUGGCCUUUGACUCAACAGAUGUAAGCAUAGCAUCAGGUGGCUCUGAUGGCAAUAUACGGCUUUGGAAUUUGACUCAUCAUACUUGUACUAGCAGUUUGAGGGGAGCACUUGGAGUUUUUACUGUACUUAAAUAUCACCCUGAUACUACUAAACAAUUAAUUUUUGGAGCAGCAGAUGAUACCAAAAUUAGGUCAUGGAAUUCCACCAAUGGAAAAGAAAGUGUUAUAUAUUCAGGGCAUUUUAGUAAAGUCACCUCAUUAUUGUUUACUAGUGAUGGUGAGCAUAUGGUCAGUUCUGGUAGAGAUAGAGUGUUAAUUCUUUGGAAAUUAAAUGAAAGUAAAGCUUUGAAAGUGAUUCCAGUGUAUGAAAGUAUUGAAGCUGCAUUAAUUUUACCCCAGACUUUUAAAAUACCAAAUUUUACUAAAAAGUUCGAGACAGAAGGGAUUUAUGUUGCGUGUGCUGGUGAAAAAGGAGUUAUAAAGGUAUGGAAUAUGCAAAUGAGUCGUUUAAUGUAUGAACAAAGCAACAGUCUAGUAUCUCCCGCAACAGAAGAAGGGGGGCUGGCAAUUCAACAUCUUUUAUUUAACCAAGCACGUAAUGUGUUAUCAGUGGUCACUGUGGAUCAUAAUAUAAUUAUUCAUGACCUUGAAACAUUUGGUUGCGUGAAACAAUUAAUUGGUUUUACUGAUGAGAUUUUAGAUAUUAUCUUUAUAGGUAAAGAAGACACACACAUUGUUGUUGCUACAAAUAGCAGAGACAUAAAGUAUUAUGAAUUACAAACUAUGAACUGCCAGAUAAUCAAAGGCCAUACAGAUAUUGUCUUAUCUUUAGCAAGCUUUCCAACUAAACCACAGAUGUUUGUAUCAUCUAGUAAAGAUAAUUCUGUUAGAAUUUGGCUUCAAGAUGCAAAUAACGAUAUAAAAUGUAUUGGAAUUGGAAUAAGACAUACUGCUUCUGUAGGGUCAGUGUUUACCUCCCAAACAUCUUGUGACUUUUUUACAUCAGUAAGUCAGGACAAUUGUUUAAAAGUUUGGCAAGUACCUAAAGAUAUAAAAACAUUUGAUCAGAAGAUAAAAUCUAGCCAUACUGAAUUAGCUCAUCAAAUGGACAUAAAUUGUGUAGCUGUUUCACCAAAUGAUAAGAUGAUUGCAACUGGUUCUCAGGAUAAGACAGUAAAAUUAUGGACAGAAGAUUUAACAUUAUUAGGGAUACUCAAAGGACACAGAAGAGGUGUGUGGUGUUCUCGUUUCUCACCAGUUGAUCAGGUGGUACUGACAUCUUCUGCUGACAGCUCUAUAAAGUUAUGGUCUAUAGCUGAUUUGAGUUGCUUAAAAACCUUUGAAGGUCAUGAGAGUUCAGUUUUAAAAAUUGAAUUCCUCAGCAAAGGUCAACAAAUAAUAUCAAGUGGAGCUGAUGGCCUUUUGAAAUUGUGGACUAUAAAAAGUUCAGAAUGUAAGAUGUCUUUAGAUAAUCAUGACGGCAAAGUUUGGUCUUUGGCAGUUACAAAAGACGAAUGUUUAUUAAUAACAGGGGGAUCGGAUUCAAAGUUGGUAACUUUAAAAGAUGUGACCAUAGAACGUCGUGAAGAAAAAAAUAAAGAAAGGGAGCUACAAAUUUUACAAGAACAAGAGCUAAUGAAUCUCUUGCAUGAUAAAAAAAUGGUAAAGGCUCUUAAAUUAGCGCUACGCAUGGAGAGGCCCCUUCAUGUUCUAAAAAUUGUUAAUGAAAUUCUAAGAAAUGGUAAUGAUAAACUUUUUGAAACUCUUAAAGAAAUAAAUAAUACUCAAAAGGAAACCUUAAUAAGGUUUGCUACAGAAUGGAAUACUAACAAUAAAAACUGUCAUGCUGCACAGCUCGUAUUUAAUAUAUUAACCCCAGAAAUUAUUUCCGGAAACCUCAAUCUGCCAAAUUUAGAUAGUUUUAUUGAAGGUGCAUUACCAUACAGUGAAAGACAUUAUGAAAGAUUAACCAAUUUAUUACAAGAUUUAAACUUAAUAACAUAUACUGUAAACUGUAUGCAACCUCAUGCUAUUAAAAAUACAUAAUGCAAAUAAAAAGUAUUUAUUAAGAAA